AAAACGUUAUAUCUUACCAACUAUUUUUAUCUUUUUAAUAAUACCAUAUCAUAUAAAAAUAAAAUUAUAAACCUCCACGACUUCAAAAUCAUGACUCAAGACGAUGUCGUUUUGACUUCAUGAACCCACCACCGUAAUAUCCUCACUGGAAUCCAUAACUUCCCGGAAUCCCACCGGAAAAAAUGGUGCACACUGCAUACGACUCACUCGAACUCAUCACCGGCUGCUCUACAAAGAUCGACGCCGUCGAAUCCUACGGCUCAAACCUCCUCAUCGCCUGCGCCGACGGAUCUCUCCGAAUCUACGGUCCAGAAUCCUCCACCUCACCCGAUCGCUCAUCUCAAACCCUAGAACUGAAACGAGAACCGUACGUGCUUCAACGAACUGUUAAUGGAUUCUCCAAAAGACCUAUGCUGGCUAUGGAGGUUUUGGCAUCUAGAGAGCUGUUGCUUUCGGUUUCUGAGUCGAUUUCGUUUCAUAAACUUCCGACUUUGGAGACUCUAGCGGUUAUUACCAAGGCGAAAGGUGCUAAUGUUUACUCGUGGGAUGAUCGCAGAGGGUUUUUGUGCUUCGCGAGGCAAAAGAGAGUUUGUAUUUUCAGACAUGAAGGAGGGCGUGGAUUUGUGGAGGUGAAAGAAUUCGGUGUUCCGGAUACGGUGAAAUCAAUGUCUUGGUGUGGAGAGAAUAUAUGUUUAGGGAUUAGAAGAGAAUACAUGAUAUUGAAUGCGUCAAACGGUGCGUUAUCGGAGAUAUUUCCGUCCGGUAGGAUUGCUCCGCCUUUGGUGGUGUCUCUUCCGUCUGGAGAGCUUCUUCUAGGGAAGGACAACAUUGGAGUGCUCGUGGAUCAAAAUGGCAAGCUUCUUCAAGAAGGGAGGAUUUGUUGGUCGGAGGCUCCGGCGGUAGUUGUCAUUCAGAAGCCUUAUGCUACAGCUCUUUUACCAAGACACAUUGAGAUACGGUCUUUACGAGUUCCGUACCCGUUGAUACAAACCGUUGUUCUUCGUGAUGUCUGUCGUAUUCACCAAGGAAACAAUGCGAUAAUUGUCGCUUUAAGUAACUCUGUUUAUGGAUUAUUUCCUGUUCCUCUUGGUGCUCAGAUUGUACAACUAACGGCAUCUGGAAAUUUUGAGGAAGCUUUGGCGUUAUGUAAGCUGCUUCCCCCAGAAGAUUCUAGCCUUCGAGCCUCAAAGGAGCAAUCAAUUCAUAUUAGAUAUGCACAUUAUUUGUUUGAAAACGGGAGCUAUGAAGAGGCAAUGGAGCACUUUGUGGCAUCCCAAGUCGAAAUAACAUACGUACUCUCUCUAUAUCCAUCUAUCGUGAUUCCCAAAUCAUCUGUUAUAAGUGAACCCGAUAAGUUCUUGGAUGUGGGCGGUGAGGCAUAUUUAUCAAGGGGCAAUUCGGGUAUUUCAGAUGAUAUGGAACAACAAUCUUCUUCUAAUAUACUGGAAUACGACGAGAAUUCAGCUCUCGAGUCCAAGAAAAUGUCUCACAAUACUUUAAUGGCGCUGGUUAAGUUCCUUCAGAAAAAGCGGAGUUACAUAAUCGGAAAGGCGGCUGCUGAGGGGACAGACGAGGUUGUCUCGGAUGCUGUCGGGCAUACCUUUGUUUCUUACGAAAGCAGUCGCCCCAAGCGGUCAACUAAGGGCAGAGUCAACAUACCCCUCGAUUCGCGUGCUAGAGAGAUGGCGGCAAUAUUGGACACUGCUCUUCUGCAGGCGUUACUUCUCACUGGACAGACUACUGCUGCGUUGGAAUUGCUAAAAGGGCUUAAUUAUUGUGAUGUGAAAAUAUGUGACGAAAUAUUGAGGAACGGGAAUCAUUAUUUGUGUUUGUUAGAGCUUUACAAAAGCAACUCGUUGCAUCGUGAAGCGCUUAAACUUCUCCAUCAGUUAGUUGAGGAGUCGAAAUCAGAUGAACCCAAAAUCGAGCUCACCCGAAAGUUCAAGCCCGAGAUGAUUAUUGAAUAUCUUAAACCUCUAUGUGGGAUCGACCCUAUGAUUGUACUGGAAUUUUCAAUGCUUGUUCUCGAAAGUUGUCCGACACAAACCAUCGAGCUUUUCUUAUCAGGAAACAUACCAGCAGAUUUGGUAAACUCAUACUUAAAACAACAUGCUCCCAACAUGCAAGCUACAUACUUAGAGCUAAUGCUCUCAAUGAACGAAGCCCCCAUCUCUGGAAACUUGCAGAAUGAAAUGGUGCAAAUAUAUCUUUCAGAAGUGCUUGAUUGGUAUGCUGAUCUCGUUGCUGAGAAGAAAUGGGACGAGAAAACUUACACUCCAACACGGAAAAAGCUUUUGUCUGCAUUGGAGGGUAUUUUGGGAUAUACUCCCGAGGUUUUGUUAAAGCGAUUACCGACAACCGCUCUUUUCGAAGAACGCGCACUUUUAUUAGGGAAAAUGAACCAACACGAACUUGCUUUGUCCAUUUACGUUCAUAAGCUUCAUGUUCCAGAACUGGCACUGUCGUAUUGUGACCGUGUGUACGAGUCAGGGCUUAACCAACAGCCUGCAAAAGCUUCCGGUAACAUAUACCUAACGUUGCUGCAAAUCUACUUGAACCCUCGGAGAACAACGAAAAAUAUCGAAAAGAGAAUUAGUAACCUAGUGUCGACUCCGACUCCCAAGGUUGGUUGGUCAUCAGCUAAAGGUAAUAAAGGAAAAGGUUUCGGUAAGAAAAUUGCAGAUAUCGAAGGUGCAGCAGAAGAUAUCAGAAUCAGCCCGAGUGGCACAGAUAGCGGGAAGAGUGAUGGUGAUGGUGAUGAUGAUGUCGGCGAUGAUGAAGGGGUUUCGAAUAUUAUGCUUGACGAGGUUCUUGAUGUUUUGAUCCAAAGGUGGGACCGGGUCAAUGGAGCACAGGCCCUUAAACUUUUGCCUAAAGAGACUAAGCUACAGAACUUGGUUCCUUUUCUUGGACCUCUGCUGAGAAAAACCAGUGAAGCACACCGAAACUUUUCAGUUAUCAAAAGCCUGAGAGAAAGUGAGAACCUCCAGGCUAAAGAUGAGCUGUACAGGCAAAGAAAAGCAGUUGUGAAGAUAACGGCCGACAACAUGUGUUCCCUUUGUAACAAGAAGAUAGGAACCAGUGUUUUUGCCGUCUAUCCUAAUGGAAACACAAUCGUGCACUUUGUUUGCUUCCGGGACUCCCAAAAUAUGAAGGCUACCGGGAAAGGUAGGAGACAAAGCAUCCGGUAACUUUGAAUUGAAGUAUGCAAAUCCAACUUCAGGUUUCUAGAAACUUCAAAUUUGUUGCCCGGCUUCGAAAAUGUUGGAUUCGGGCCAGCCAGUUUAUUGUUCGACGGCUGCGAUUCGUUUGCAAAAGCCAGAAAGUGGUGUGCAAAGCUUGUGCUUUAUUUUGUAAAGUUUGAAUUUCUUGGAGAAUUAUGAGGGAGUGGCAAUGUGGCAUUAGUUUGAUAGUAUGGGAUUGGAAUGAUAACUGCUUUGUGAAAGUUGUAUUUAUGAAUGUAUUGAUAGUGUAUUUGUGUUGUGGUUUGGUACAUCAUAUAUUUUGAUAGUCUAAAUCUCUCCAAUUAA